GUAUAUUUAACGCAUUUAUGAGUGUACAUGGUAAGACGGCGAUCAGCACCGCACCGCACUGCAAGUUCAUUGUGGCCUGGUUUUUUUUUGGCGUUGAAACCUCUCCUCGCAUUGUCACUUACGCCGCCCAAUCAUCCCCAGACAGCAUCGCAAGGAGGGUAGCUGGGGAGGUAUGACAACAGGGAGAGGCCUGAGUGGUGCCGAGUACGGGACCAGCGUGGCGCAACGCCUAGCAAGGGCCUCAAGGCAGGCCUACGCAUGUUCAGCCCCCGCCUACCUCUCGCUACCGCGACGCACCACUGGAUAGCUUGCCGCUCUGUGCCUGUAGGCGAUGCGGGAGACCAAAAAAAGACGGCCGAAUUCCUCCGCGUUAGCAACCUUGCAACAUAUCCUCCUCUUGGCUCCCCCUCUUUCGACACCCUCGCAGUGCACCCCCAAACCAACACCGCAUUUUCUGCUAUCCCGCGUCCAGAUGGCCUCGGGCAUGCGCGAAUGUGCCGCUUGCGGCCGUAUCCUCCCUCGGUCCUCCUACACGGCCAACCAGUACGCCAAAGGCGCCGGCCUGUCGCGCUGCGCCAGCUGCGUCCACGGGCACCACUCCGACGCCCCGUCGGCGGCACCGUCCGACAGCGGCAGAUACAAUAUCUCCUACUCCAGCACCGUCACCUAUGACGCGCUCGAGAACCCGUUCGCCCAGGGCGCCUUCCGCUGGGUGGCCAAGGGGACGUACACCGACGGUCCCCGCUACGGCGAGGCCUGCGUGGUGAAGUGGUUCAAGACCGGCGCCGUCUUCGAGGCCGAUUACUUCGCGCUCGAUAUCAAGGCCGUCAACAAGGCCCUCGAGCUCGCCAACCUGUUCAACGAGCUCCGCGUCGUCGACAAGUCCGUCAAGGUCAACGUCGCCGCCGUGUGGAAGUUCACGGACAACGUCGCCGCCGACUGGGCCGGCCGGAUGGUCCUGUGCGAGCCCUUCAUCCAGAACUACCAGAAGUUCAACAGCAACACCGGCUGGAACGACGACUCCAGGGUCUGGGGCGAGGUCAUGCAGGCCCUCAGCCACUUCAGCUACCACGUCACCGGCGGCCAGUUCGUCCUCUGCGACCUCCAGGGCGGCAUCUACCAGCGCGAGGUCGUCCUCUCCGACCCCGUCAUCCUGUCGCGCAGGCGCGACUACGGCGUCACCGACCUCGGCCCCGACGGCAUCAGCUCCUUCUUCAGCCACCACACCUGCAACCGCUUCUGCCGCCCGAACUGGGCUAAGCCUUGGAACCCCGUCGCCCGCUACGACCCCGUCCCGGGUACCACCAUGAUCAGAAACACUGUGCCCACGGCCUACAGUCGACCCCGCUUUCGCUGAUCACCGCGGCGGACGGCGAACGGAGCGGGGAGCGGGGAGUGGGGA